GUACGACCUUCUCCAACGAAAACAAUUUUCAAGAAAAAAAAUCAAAAAUGUUUAUUAAUCUCACAAUAAAAGAAUAUUGAUGUAAGUCACGAUGAAGAAACUAUUCAAAUUCGGUAAAGGAAAGAAGAAUACUUCUCAGGAGCUAAACGCUUCGUCUGGAUCUCUCAACAAGAGUCUAGGAUAUGAGGUCAGAGAAAAAGAUUUGAACAAACUUCACAAGGCAGCUUGGUCUGGAGAUGUCACAAAAAUACAUCAAUUUGCAAAGAAGGAUCCUAAUAUUACAGAUAAAUUACAUAGGACAGCCUUGCACUUUGCGAGUACCCGUGGCCACAGUGAGGUGAUAGAGGCUUUGAUAAGUACAUGGCGAGCCAAGACUGGCCAAGGUGAUAAUGAAGGCAAAACACCUCUGUUGAAGGCUAUAGAAUGUGACCAAGAGGCUUGUGCCAGGGCCUUAAUGGAGUACAAGGCAGAUGUCAAUGUACAGGAUCUCCAGGGGGAGACAGGGCUCCACUAUACGGCCAGGUCUGGCAACGAGACUCUCGCAAGACUCCUUAUUGAUUACAGCAUUGACCCAGAUAUCCAGAACAAAAAUGGACUGACUGCCCUUCAUGUGUGUGCAGAAGAAAACCAAGUGGGGAUAGCUAGACUUUUGCUCCAGAGUGACGCAGACCCUAAUAUUCGAGAAACUGUGGAUGAAGGGAGAACACCUUUGAUGUUAGCAUGCAGAAACAAUGAUGUGAACCUCAUCAAAAUGUUGUUGAAGUUCAAGGUGGACAUUGGAGUAAAAGACAAGAAAGGUUGGACUGCUGAAGAUCAUGCUGUUAUGCAGGGUAAUAGCUCCUGUUCAGAGCUGCUUCAAGAUUUUAAGGUGCAUAAUCACAAGUCUCCUAGUCACAGCGCAGGUCAGGGGGGUAGCUCCAGCCAUAAGUCUACCCCAGUCAAACAACAAGCCAAGCCUGCCUUAGGGGGAUAUGGUAUUCCAGCAAUGGACACUGGUGGUACAGGUGACUAUUCUGAUGACAACACUGAAAGUCGGAUAUCUGAGCAGAAUGCAGGGUCUAACUGGAGCGAUACAGAGGCAGAGGACUCCAUAGCUGAAAAACACAAACCUCAGGCAUCAUUACCUAAACUGAACUUGUC